AUGAUGAGGAGGUCAGCACACGCAUUUGACAUGAACAAAUUUUUCUGUGGCCCUGGCGCAGAACUUCAACAUUCAAUUGAUAUGUGUAACAUUUUUGUCAGAAGAUUAAUUGGUUUUCUCGAUGUAGACGCGAAUAUUUUUUUAAAAAAGUUGGCAUGUUGCUACUUGAACAUGGCCAUAGCUGCUGUCUGUUUGCUUUUCAUGUCGAAUAUCAAUAAUAUCAAUCAUCACAUCAACAAUUACAUCAAUAAUACUUCUAAAAAUAUCAACUGA